AAGAGGGCGCGGAGCUGCGGCCAUGACUGGCAUUCUGUGCGAUUGGCUGAAUCGAGAAGUAAAGCUCUCGCGGACAGUGGAUUCAGAGUCUUUCUCCAGAGAAUUUUCCUCCGGUUAUCUCAUUGGAGAACUUCUAAACAAGUAUGAACUUCAGGAAGAUUUUGACCAGUUUUCACAAAGCAGGCUUGCCAAUGCAAAACUUAACAACUUUUCUCGCAUGGAGCCCACCCUUCAACUUCUGGGUGUACAGUUUGACCAAAAUGUAGCCCGAAACAUCAUGACAGAGCAGCAUGGAGCUGCUAUCAAACUUGUGUACCAACUGUACGUGGCUCUAGAGAAAAAGAAAAAAGCAGGACUCACUGGAGUUGCCAUGGAUGCAAUGCGACCCUCAGCUCAUGCAAAGCUCAAGGGUGUAGGAACAGAAAUAUAUCGUGAGCGACUCAAAACACUAGUACCACGCCAGGCAGACCUGUCACUCCAACAGAUUUCAGACAGCUUUCAAAACAAAGCCAAGAUCAUGGAAAGUAAGAUAGCUAGCAUGCAGUUUGUGAAACAACAACAAGCUAAACAGAUCCAGGAGGAAAAGAAAGUUCAAGAGCUUGAAAAGAAAAUUGCAGAAAAACGUAGGCAAAAUGAAAUCAUGGCCAAGAUUCAAGCAGCAGUUAUCCAGAUUCCAAAACCAUUGCCACAGCAUACUGACAAAGUGAUUGAAGACCAAAAACUGCAGAAGAAGAAGAAGGAAGCAGAGAACACGUACACUGAAAUUAGGAACUUUGAAAAACAAAUGAGGAAAGAGGCUGCUCUGCCUGCCCAACUCACUGAGAGCAUGAUAAGUGCUGUAAAACAGGCACAAGAACUAGCUGUGGCAAAUCCAGCCAUUACUGACCUACUGAACACCUACUCGGAUGAUGAAUAUAUUAGGAAAAUUCAGAAACGUCUUGAGGAAGAUACCUUUGCUCGAGAACAACGGGAGAAGAGGAGACGAAAGAUGUUAAGAGAGCAACUAAUAGCCCACGAAGCACAAGAAGAGGCAUACAGAGAAGAGCAGCUUGUUAACCGACUUAUGAGACAGUCCCAGCAGGAGCGGAGAAUAGCUGUUCAACUGAUGCAUGUGAGGCAUGAAAAAGAAGUCCUGUGGCAAAACAGAAUUUACAGAGAAAAGCAGUUUGAGGAAAGACGCCUCAAAGAAUUUCAAGAAGCUCUUGACAGGGAGGAGGCUCUUGCAAAACAAGAGAAAAUUGAACUUGCAGAACAGGCCCUUAGAGAAAAACAACUCCAUACAAAGCUUGCUGCUGAAAGAGCUGAGGCUCGCUAUAAGAAGCAUUAUGAAAUGUGCUGGGAUGUCAUUGAACAAAUAAUUGAUUUAGCAACUAAAAUAGGAGAAUAUAGAACGCUGACAAAUAAUUUAAUUCCUGCAAAGCUAAUGCGUGACUGGAAGGAACUCUUCUUGAAAGGAAAGCCAAUUUAUGAGCAAGCUGACAUCGACCAGUUGCCAGCAAAGCCGACUCCAGAACAAUUAGUAGAACUGGACAAAAUUAAUUUGCUAGAUGAGAAAGAUUAUGAUGAAUAUAAGGUACUCCCAACUGGUAUGGCUAUGAUUGAGGAAUGGUACCCUCCUGAAGAGAUCAGAGUAAAUAAACCACCACCUGAUAAUGUAAUAUUGGGUCAUGUGAUUCACAGAUUGAUGGAACUUGUCUAUCCCCCAGAACCCGAACCACCUCCACCUGUAUUUUCUCCAUUUCCUAUGAAAGGUUGCAUUUUGGGAAAACUCUAUAGUGGAAAAACCACCUGCUUAAAGUUCUUAGAAGAAGCUUUUGAUAUCCAGGUGUUAUCUCUUGAUGCACUGGUUACAGAGGCAAUUAAAUCCUUCCAUGAAAAUGAAUUGGCGAGUGAAAGCAGCCUACUUGAAGUCAAAGUUGAAGAGUCUUCCUUGAAUCAAAUCCAUGUUCUAAGAGAGGCUUCUAGGGCUUCUCUUACCAUACUGAAAACUUAUGACUCAGCAGAACGGAGUACAGUCCUUGCAGAGGAGUCCAAAGACGUUAUUGAGAAACCACCCACUGCUGUGAUGAGCGGUCAAGUGGAGCUGAGUGACGAUGAGGAUGAAUUAGCCAAACUUUCUACUCGUGCUCAGCUUGGUGCAGGAGCAGAGACAUUGUUAAAGAAAGGGAAAAACAUUCCAGAUGAAUUACUAGUUGGCAUCAUGGUGGAAGCUAUUAGUCGGCUACAACCAGAAAAGGGUUGGAUCUUGGAUGGAUUCCCAAUGACACUGAACCAGGCCAAACUGCUUGAAAAGGCAUUAACGGGGCGAGAUCCAGACCAGACAGAAGCUAAAACAAAAAACUUGAAAAAGCCCACAUUGGUUAUAGAUCCUGCAGCUCCAAAAGAGCCCCCUGUGCACCCACCUGGUCUCGACUUUGCUCUUUUUUUAGAUGUUUCAGACUGCAUCGUGAUGAAUCGGGUGGCAAGUGAGAGGGCUGACUCCUAUCAAAGAGGACACAAAAACACUGUUGAUAUUCCAGAAACAGAACCCCAGCAAAGACAGCAAUUAAAAUCAUUGUGGGGCCAGAUGCAGCACAGAAUUACAGGUUUCCUGGACACUUGGCCCCAAUUGGAAACUUGGUAUUCUAAACAGCAAAAUAUACUUACAAAGGUCAAUGCAGAGAUUGAAGAGAAUCUUAUGUGUCAAAGGGUAAAAGAAAUUUUAACAGAAGAACUCAUCAAGAUCCAAAAUAAAGGAAAAGAAAAGGAAAAGAAAGAAGCUGAGAAACAGCAAGAGAUUUUGUCAGAAGAAUCACCCGCAGAAAAGAGGGAGGAAGCAGCCCCUGCCCCAUUCUCAGAAGCACAGGAGCUGCCACCCCCUGAGACUAAAGCAGCUAAAGAGUCCCCUCUAUCAGAGUUACCUGCUAAAGGUAAAAAGGGAAAGAAAGAUGAAACAGUCAAAGGAAAAGAAUCAGGAGCCAAACCAGGAACUCCACGAGGAAAAGGACAGGCAAAAUCUGUGCCAUCUUCACCCGAAGAUGUAUUGCCUACUGCUACUGUUGAAGCACCUCCAAUCAAACCUGGGUCAAGUGAAUGGAUUUACACUGAUGAACCAUUACCCCAAGAAAUAGCAGAUUUCCUAGUUCCUUACUGGGAAACAGUGGAGAAAACAUAUGUCAAUGACAUCAAAGCAACACUUCGAUUCCUCAGAGCUGAGCAAUAUGUCAUCAUUCAUUACCUGUCAGACAUAAGAAACCAUUUCAAGGACUUCUUGAAGCGUCCAGACCACAAGCAGGAAUUUGUGACUCAGUGGCAAGUUGAUUAUAAUUCAGUGGCUGGUGACUUAUGGGAUGAUGAUGAAACGAAAGAAGAAUUGCACCAAAGAGUUACUGAUUUAAGAGAUCGUCUGUGGGAUAUCUGUGAAAACAGGAGAGAUGAAGCUGAGCAAGAACGUUGUGAUAUCAUGAAUGAUGGCUGGCUACCAGACCAAAUUGGGCUUCUGAUGAACCACAUUUUUUCACUUAUGCAGAAUGAAAUGGACCGUUUCCAAGAUACCAAAAGACUUCUGCAUGACUAUUAUAGAGCAAUGGAAGGCAAAAUUCCAACAGAAACCAGCUCCGACUUUACCAGAAUACCCUUGAUAGAUCUUACAGAAGGAGAACAAUCUGUGGAAGAGUACAGGACGAAAAUAAUUCCUAUGGUUGCUCACAGAUCUCCUUCACCAGAAGUUAACAGAGAAAAGACCAAAACAAUUCCAGUUAAGCUCAAGGACGAUCUGUUUUCAGAAAGUGUAAUAUUUAAUUUCAGUCCAAAUGAGAAAAUGAUCACAGAGACAUGGCACCAUGUUGUAACAACUAUAUCUUACAUGCUGAGUUCUGAAAUACAGUCAAAAGAAGCGGAGGAGGAAAAAGAACGGCUUCAGGAAGAAAUGAAGGAAAAAGAGCGCCUCAAAUCUUCACAAGCAAUUUCUGGCAAAGGUGGAAAGGAAGGGAAAGGGAAAGGAGGAAAAGGCGAAAAGGAUGCAAAAGGUGGGAAAGAAGCGAAAGAUGGGAAAGAGGUCAAAGCCAAGGACAGCAAAGAUGCUAAGAAAGGAAAAAAGAAAGGUACCCAUUCUCCAUCUAUGACUGAAACAAUACCAGUUCCUUUAUCCCCAGAAGAAUUAAAGAAGCAAGAAUUGAAGUUUAAGAUGAAACAGGAAUAUUUUGCUGCAUUGGAGUAUGAAGCGGAGGCUGCAAAAUCUCGUCUUGAUCUGUUAAAAGUUAAAGGAUUAGCAUUCCUGGAGGAUCUACAAUCAAGGGCAGAAGAGAUAUACAGGGACAUGGAAAAAUGGCUUGGAGAGAGAUUUCUGGCUGAAAUGGCUAGUGUGGAUAAAUUAAUCGCGGUUGUCCGCAAUCAUGUUGAAACUUCCUCCAGAAUUCAGUUUGAAUUAAUCCUGGAAGGGAUAGAUUUCUACAUUAAUGGUGAUGUAACAGUAUUUCGAGAUCCUGCCCUUCCUCCUCGUCCCCCAUCUGUGGAGACUGCUACAAAUGGCACACUAACUAUUUCACAGCUUAAUACUCUUCAUAAGCAGUUUCUACAGGUGGCACCUAAAGGUUUAAUACCAAGUAAAACCUUCACAGAUAUUGUGUUUGAUUUGAUCACUUUGAAUCUCGGCUCCAAUAUGCUUCCUGAUUCCUGGAUGCAUCUUGUCAUGUAUGAUUUGCAAAGCCUGGCAUUCUUCCUACUUGUGAACCUGGACACAGUGGACUGGCGCAGGUUCUUACAUGCGGCUUCCCAGCCUUGGCCGAUUCCCUCCGUAACAGAACUGCUUGAAACACUGCAGAGAUUUCAGGAUGUGGACACAGAAGGGUCUGGCUUUGUCACCCAGGAAGAAUACGAACAGGUUGGACUGUGGUUUAAAGGCAGUGAAGAUUUAGCCAUUCCAGAAAGUCCUACAGAGCCUUUACCAUUUAACCGUCAGAAGCAUCUCAUAGAAUUUUUGUUCACUUUAUUUGCUGAUCCUGAAAAAGACCCUCCUCAGCUGAACUACACUGAGAUGCUACUCUAUUUUGCCUCUCACCCUGAUGCUAUAAAUGGUGUCUAUCGAGCUCUUAGCGUUGCAACAGGGACAUAUAUCCAGAGGAAAAAGGAGAAACGCUUUCAUCUUCCUCAAAUGUUUGCCACAUCUGCUGAACAUCUCAUAAGCACUGCUGCCCAUGAUGAACAGCCAGAGGAGGAGGCUGGUGAAGAAGGGGAGGAAGAGGAGGAAGAAGAAAAGGAAGAGAAGGAGAAAGAAGAUGAAGCCCCGUCUAUCAUCAAUGAAGGAGACAUCUCUCUGGCUACACUUCUCCGUGUGUUCCAGCAUGAAACAAACAAAGCUGCUGACAACCACAGAUUUAGUAGUCAUCUGACAGAAGAGGACAAUUAUGAGCAUUUCAUUAAGGUAUACAAGGAUCUUGGCUCCGAAGAGCUGCAGCCCAUCAAAGUUGAACUCCUUUUGAAGCAUCCCUUCAUUCAAGACUUAAUCAAUAACUACUCGGGGUACAAACUUCCUGAUUUUAAAAUGAUUCUGCAGAGAGCAGCCCAAAUGCAACCAUUUAAUGGAGAUAACGCCAACUUAUAAAGAAGUUAAAAUAAGAGAAGGGGCAGGGGGAGGAAGUCUGGGACUGUUUUUCAGCACAACAGAAGUAUUUCCCAAAUGUUGACCUAGAUAUCGGGGUGAUUCUUACUCACUUAUAGCGUUGUGUCCUUUAAUUAGAAUAGAAAUGGUUUUGUAUUCAUUCUCUUUUAAAUAAAGGUUUAUUUAAAAGAAGCCAAUGAGUGGUUCAGGCAGAUU